AUGAACAAAACCAGAUACACUAUUGCGAGCCAACUGCCCCCAUCAAAUUCGUCCAAGGUCAUCCUGUCUCCUCUCAGAUCUCGUUGGUCUCUCCAUUCUUGGUGCCUGAUUAAGCACAAGAUUAUUAAUAGACACCAUCGCUCUGACGGGAUAUAUGGUAUUGUUGGUUCGAGCGCGUCUCUCGGUCUUUGGUUCAGUGUCAUCUAUGACACCAUCGCUCGGCCGGGCUAUCUGGUGCGAGGAAGCGCCAUCGGAGAACCCAGUCCGCACGAGUAG